AGGGAGGACAUGAGGACUGAAGGGUGGGGUUGGGGGGUGAUGCAGAAACCAAGCGGGUCGAGACAGCUGAAUCACAAGUUGCCCAAGGUUUCAGCACUGGUUUCCGUGUCUGAGCAAGAAGUGGAAGUGGCUGAGGCUCUCUACGAUCUGGCAAGAAUGUUUACGCAGCCUUCUACUGCCGUUAGGAAAUCUAAAGUUGAGGCGAGCAUGGAUACGGAUUUACCGAAAGCCGUUCAAAGUCAAGUUACGAACGUACCAUCAGCUUCUGAAUGCAGUGCGUUUGCUGAUGCAUCGAAUGGAGCCGUGGUUGUUCCGUCCGCUUUGACCGUGGCUCCUGUGUCAGUUGCAAAUGCUGGUGGAAGCGUGAGAAGUUCCUCACUCGGUUCUGCUUCGGCGGCUUCACCUAUUCAACCCCCGUCUCCAGCAGCUGCUCCAGUUGCAGAGGUUUUGGCGAAAAGGAAGCGUCCUCGCGUUAAAACUAGGAUAGAAGAAGGGGACGUUAUACAGUCGAGGACUGGGCAAACUGCAUCAACUGCUGUAUUGAAUUCCGUCGGAACUGGUGAAACCCAGGUGAAGGUUGCGGAUCAAAGCACAAGCCGGACAUCCCCUGCAGAGAGAAGUGCUGCGAAAACGGACAUUAGUGCCACAGCCACACCUGCUGUAUCUGCGAGCGGUACCAACAUUGUAACGACGGUAAGCAGCACGCGCAACGCGGUGAUUGCAUCGAGUGGCGUGGUCAUUGCUGACGUUGCAGUUGAGCCACCCCGAGGAGGUGUAGUGGGUGGUUCAGUCCAUGGGGCGGAUAAGAAAGUUGUGGAAAAUAAGGUUGUGCAGUUGGAGAAGAAGACGGCUCCCUGUAGUGGUAUAAUGGAUGUAGCAAGCUCAAAUCCCCAGGAAAACAAAGAAGGAAUUUCUCCUGUUCUAGAGAAGCAGGGUGAAAGGAGCGAGUCUACUCCUCUUGGAGCAUGCGCAAAAUCAGUUGCAGAUCCGAUGCCGAGCAUGACCGUUUCUGUGGAGGCAGUUGCAGUGAAGAUGGAGCUUGACAAGAGGCCUCCUCCUCCUCCGCCAGCAGCCCCGAUCGUUGUGGAUCGUUUGCCGAAGCCAGAAAUAGACUUGAUGGUACCUCCAAGCAAGCUGGAAGAUGCGUCGAGCAGCGAGAAGGAUAGCGAGGGUAGAGAUAGAUGGAAUGAUGUUCAGAAUGCAGCAGAGAAAUCUUCGGUUGAUGCGGCGAUUGCAGUCACUGUGGAUAUCACUCGGAUGGAUAGUCAACGAAAUAGUGACGCGUCACAGCUUACUAAGAUGGAGAGCACAAGUGCAAAGGAACAGGAGGAGCGUGAGAAGGAAACGAAACGAAAUAUUGAACGCGAACGACAUGAAAGAGAACGGCGCCGGGAAGUCGAAAGCCAGACAGGUUCAGUCGACGAAAUAGCCAAUGGGCGGGGACAAGAGAAAGAAAGGCGAAAGGAAGGCGAGAAGGUGGAGUCGAGUAAGAUGAAUGUGCAAAGGUCGAGUAAGAGCAUGAAGGGUGAAAACGGAAGGGUUCAGAAGGCUGAGAAAGCAGCCACUGAGGCGUCUGCAACAGUGUUUCAGGGGCCUGCACCACCGAACUCCUCCAGUGCACUAGGUGUGUCCGGCAAUGUAGCAGUUCUCCCUUUCUCAAUGGGAAUGCUGAGUUGGCCUUCAGUAAUGCCAAGGUACAUUCAAAAUGCAGCGCCCGCUGCAGCUCCAGCAGUUCCUCCAGAGGACAGCUCAUCCACUCUGCAGGUUCCGUACAUUGUGCCUCAGCGGGCAGCAUGGAAGCGGUGCGCUCUUCACGUGUACAUCGCGCACUUCAUCGACUUGCAGCAGCAAUUGAAGCAGCAUCAAAGUUUCUUCGGUGGUCCGAACCAGGGGUACUCGAAGUCGUACAACUUGAACGUGGCGGUGGGUGGUUCGGACGCGGUGUUAGGAGGCGCAGUCGGUAGUCCGAUGGUGGGCGGCGUUGGAGCGGGCGGCGCGGACGUGGAUGCGACGGAGCGUGGGCUGAACGCCGCCGCAAUGGCUGCAGCAGCAGCCGCGAGCAUGCAGGGGGCGAAGGAGCGGGCGCACGGGGUGGGGGUGGCGGGGCGGAAAUCGCCAGGUGGGGAGCAACACGGCGGGCAGCAGGCGGCGGGAUUGUCAGUGCAGAGUGGUAUGAUGUUCGGGUACCCGGUGACGCAGAACGCGAGCUCGGGCGGUGGGGGGGGUGGAAGUGGGGUGGGGGGCGGAGGCGGAAUGGGUGGGGCGGGGUCGGUGGGGAGCAACGGCGGCGUGGCGUCGGCAGCAGUGCAAGCUCAGUACAUGCAGCAGUGA